UGCUCUUCUUCAAGUUCAUCCUCCGAGCGUCCCUUCCUCAUGCACACAUAGGAGAAAUGUGCUCGCCCUUAUUCCCAGAUUUUGAAUUAUAGUUCUUUAAGCAAAAUUAUGGAAGUGGAUUUAGUAACAAGUCUCGUGGCAGAGCAAGAUUGUGUUGAAGUUGAUGAUUACAACAGUAAUCCCGAAGCUAUAAAUUUCGAGGGAGAAAGAUGUGGAAUUUGCAUGGAUAUCGUCAUCGACAGAGGUGUUCUUGAUUGUUGCCAACACUGGUUCUGUUUUGUGUGCAUCGACAAUUGGGCUACUAUUACAAACCUUUGCCCGCUUUGCCAGAAUGAGUUUCAAUUGAUCACUUGUGUUCCGGUAUAUGAUACUAUUGGGACCAGCAAGGUUGACGAUGACUCGUAUUCCAGAGAUGAUGAUUGGUGCAUUGAAGGGAAGAAUAACACUCUCUCUUUUCCAUCAUACUAUAUUGAUGAAAAUGCAGUUAUCUGCUUGGAUGGAGAUGGCUGCAAAAUUCGAAAUGGGUCAGCAAGCACUGAGGGAGAUUCCAAUCUCGAUACAUCGAUUGCAUGUGAUUCAUGUGAUCUAUGGUAUCACGCUUUCUGUGUGGGAUUUGAUCCUGAAGGCACAUCCGAGAGUACUUGGUUAUGCCCGAGGUGUGUAGUUGAUGAGAUGCCACAGAAACCAGAUGGGAGUUUAGAACAGCCUUCUAACAACCCAUCCGGUUCCGGAAAUGCAAACAGAGAGAGUUUAUCCGAGGACACUUUCUCUAGAAAGGUUUCUGUUUCUGUUGCGGACAGUGGUGAAACUGCUAUUGUGGUCUCCAUGGUUGGAGGAAAUAAAAUAAAAGAAGAACCACAGGACAAUAUUAUGCCAAUUGUUGAAGUUGACCAGGACCUGAAAACUCAAACUUUUAUGUUGAAUUCUGAAGACACUAGUCAGAAGCAAACAACACCAUCUGAGGAAAAAUCUAUAACUCGACCAAGCUUGAAGGCACAGGAGCUUGAACUGUCCUUAUCAUGUGAGACACCCGUUAGUUUUCCUUCAAGUUGUUUGGUGAGCAAGCAUAGUAACUUUGGCGGCAUUAAAUGUUCUUCUGGAGAGGUAGUCAAUGAAUCACACACCAGUUACAAUCUCUCUGGCAGUAAUCCCGUUAUGGGUCUUCACCUUGGUCUCUCUGUCAGCACAUUUUUGUCUGUUGACGAAAUAAACAAUAGUUUUACUGAAGAUCAAAUGAAUGAAGGUGUGACGCAGCUCAAGCCUUCAGAAGAACAAACAUCUAGAGCCGAGAAAUCUGUAGCAAAUGUUGAUGAGGAUGCACCCACAACUACUGGUGUAAAGAGAAAGCAUUCAGAUUUCAGUGAUCAAAUUCAUGCAAAUGCUAAUGGGCAUGAAAAAACUAAGAUUGAGACGGAAGCUUCUUCAAAGAAAAUGAGAGCUGAGGGGAGGAUUCAACCGAUUUUGCCCAAGGACGAAGUCAAUAUAUCUGCUUCAGAUGAUUCUGAGAAAGUCUCCCUGGUAGCAGUUCCUAGAGACGAUCAGAUGAAAUGUCUUUCCAAACAGGAGAAUGCCGCUUCUGAUAUAAUGAGUAUUGUUCAAGGGACGAACUGCAGACCUUCCAAGGGACUUAGUUCUCGUAAUGCCAAUGAUAAAUCAUCAAAAGAACUGGAAACUGCGGCUGGUUUGAGGGUGAAAAAGAUCAUGAAGAGAGCUGCUGAGGACAAGGAGUCAUCCAUGGUAGUUCAGAAACUAAGAAAAGAAAUAAGAGAGGCCGUUCGCAACAAAUCUGUUAAAGACUAUGGUGAAAACCUUUUUGAUCCAAAGCUUCUUGCUGCCUUUAGGGCUGCUGUUGCUGGACCCAAAACAGAAUCUGCCAAGACGUUAUCACAGUUGGCAGUGAAGGCAAAGAAGUCAUUGUUGCAGAAGGGCAAGGUACGUGAGAAUUUGACAAAGAAAAUUUAUGCACAUUCCAAUGGAAGAAGAAAACGCGCAUGGGAUCGGGACUGUGAGAUUGAGUUCUGGAAGCAUCGCUGCCUACAGACUUCAAAACCUGAAAAAAUUCAGACUUUGAAGUCAGUUCUUGACCUUCUAAGGAAUGGUUCCGAGAGCACAGAAUCGGUACAAGGGUCUAAAAGACAGGCUGCAGAUCCAAUUCUUUCUCGGUUAUAUUUAGCAGAUACAUCUGUAUUCCCACGAAAAGACGACAUCAAGCCUCUCGCAGCUCUUAAACAUUCUGGUGAUUCAGAGGUGAGCAAUAAACAAACCACAUUGGCAGAAAAACGUUUGAAGUUAUCUCUUGAUAAUUCAAGCUCCGCAGAAAUUGACAAGGGCUUGCCUAAGGUUGGGAAAAAGAGUAAUGCUACAAGCCUUAAGGAUGCUGCUUCUAGUAAAGUACACCUAAACAGACACGCAGAUGGGUCACCACUUCCUUCAUUAGGCAAUUCCAAGUCUAAUACCCAUAAAGGAGCUGCUGUUAAAUCUAAGGACAUAAAAACUGAUAAAAGAAAAUGGGCCUUGGAGGUUCUUGCUCGAAAAACUAGUGGUGGAGGCGAGAGUGUAUCAAACAGGAAACAAGAAGACAUGGCUGUCCUUAAAGGAAACUAUCCUUUGCUAGCUCAACUACCAAUAGAAAUGAGACCAGUUUUGGCACCUAGUCGUCGCUAUAAAAUCCCCAUGUCAGUUAGGCAGGCACAGCUUUACCGCCUAACAGAGCACCUUUUAAGGAAGGCAAAUCUUCCGGUCAUUCGAAGAUCUGCAGAAACGGAGUUAGCAGUGGCUGAUGCAGUUAAUAUAGAAAGGGACGUUGCUGAUAGGUCAACCAGCAAGCCAGUAUAUCUCAAUCUUUGUUCCCAAGAGAUAUCACACCGAUCAGAAAACAAGUCCAGUAGAGGCCCAGAAAUCAAUGGCUUGUCCACCAAAGUCUCAGAGAUGGAUAGCUCAUUGCUGUCUACAAAUCCUCCUGAUACAUCAAAACAAGCUGAAAAUGAACAUUCAACUGAUCCUAUAAUUCAAGAAGCACUGAAAAAUGCUGGUCUUCUCUCCGAUUCUCCUCCAAAUAGUCCAGAUCAAAGGAUGGAAGUUCAGCGUGAAGAAGGUGAACCCUCCAUAAAUGUCGGAGAUGAUGGGUCUGAGGAUAUAUUUGAAAUGGACAAUGUUGCAGAUCUGGAUAUUUAUGGCGAAUUCGAGUAUAACUUGGAUGAUGAGGACUAUAUUGGUGUUAGUGCCCCAAAAGUCUCUAAGGUACAGCCCGAAGAGGGUGCUUCUAAAAUGAAAUUAGUCUUCUCCACUUUCCACUCUGAAAGAUCAAGUAAUAUUUCUGAUGUUGAAAAGAAAGAGAAUUCGGGGAAUGCUGAAUUGCCAAACCAUUCAUCUUCCAUGCUUGACAAGGACACUGAUGUGGGGUUUGGUAACUCGACAGUGGAGGGUGGAACCGACAAUUCUUUGCUUCCUACAGAAGCAUUAUUUGGUAAAGAAGGUGAAGAGCUUUCAGCUGCAGAAUGUGAAGAACUAUAUGGCCCUGACAAAGAACCAGUGAUCGCGAAAUUACCAGGAGGAGAAUUAGCAAAGCUCAAUGGAUUAGGUGAUGCAGAAGCCGUUGCUGAAAGUGGACUCUUUGAAACUUGUGUGCCAAACCAAGCAAUAGGGAAUGAGAGCUGCCCGGAGAAAUCUACAAGCAUAGGUCAUAACUCCUCUGCUGGAGAAAGUUCUCCAAACCGUUCCGAAAUGAGCAAAACUGCUCGUCAGAAGGAGAAGAAAUCUAAUGCAGACUCAAUCAAACAGCCGGACAAUUCUAUAUCUAAGAAGGUUGAAGCCUACAUAAAAGAGCACAUAAGGCCGUUGUGCAAAAGUGGGGUAAUCACAGCUGAACAAUAUAGGCGGGCUGUGGCAAAAACAACUGAGAAGGUUAUGAAAUACCAUUGCAAAGCCAAGAAUGCGAAUUUCCUUAUCAAGGAAGGCGAAAAGGUGAAGAAACUCGCAGAGCAGUAUGUUGAGGCUGCCAAGCAUAAGGGAAAAAGUAGUUCUCCUUGAGGACACGCCAAUGGCAUUGUCAAUUCUCAAAUUCUCUCCUUUAGAGCUUGUGCUCUCUACUAAUUGUUGUAUUCUGUAGAUAGUUACAUGUUAAACCCAAGGUAUGGUUAAAACACAGUCAUUGUAUAAGUUGAUAAUUGGAAAUAGGCUUUUGUUUUCAUGAGUCUCUGUUUGAGCAUCCGAUCCAUUUUAUAUUAUCAAUAAAAGGGACUGAAGGGGUCAAAUCUUCAUAUCAGUAGGUUGAUUUCCUGAAUAGCCACUCAUUUACACU